AUGUACGAGGUAAGCAACAAAUCAUUCUCACAGUCAUCGACCCUCCUCAAAUACAAAUGCAUGUACACAGGAGAGAAACCAUUCAUCUGGAACAUUUGCGAUAAACCUUUUUCACCAUCUGUGACUCCCCUGAUACACCACAGCGUUCAUUGGGGCAAGAAACCCUUCGGAUGUGAGGAUUGUGAGAUGACCUUUACCAACUCCUUUGGCCUCCGGAGACUUCACACUGAAGAGAAGUUGUUCAACUGUGAGGUGUGCAAUAUGGGCUUUGCACAUUCAGCAGAACUGGUGAAACACCAACGUAUUCACACUAGGGAGAGGCCACUCACAUGUGAGGUGUGCAUUAAAUCAUUUUCACAUUCAUCAACCCUCUGUGUACACCAACGCAUUCACACAGGGGAGAAACCAUUCACAUGUAGUGUGUAUGACAAAUCAUUCUCACGUUUAUCGUAUCUCCGCUCAAAUGGAAGUAUGCACACAGCGGAGAAACUGUUCAUGUGUGAGGUGUGUGACAAAGCCUUCACCCAGUCAUCAAGCAUCCUGGUUCAUCAGACAAUCCACAUGAAAGAGAAAUCCUUCAAGUGUGAAUUUUGUGAUAAAGCUUUACGCAACAUCGGCAACCCUCCUGAGACACUAGAAGAUUCACACAUAGAAGAGGCUUUUCUAUUGCAAUCUAGUGUCUCGUGA